AUGGCUACCACAAUCCUGGAGGGUGUUGCUUUUAUCACGGGCGCUGGCUCUGGAAUUGGACAAGCCUCGGCCUUCUCGCUUGCGAAGCAUGGUGUUAGGCAGUUCGCCUUGACCGAUAUCAAUGCAUCCGCGCUCCAGUCUACAGUCGACGAGUUGAUCCGCCGUCAUGGGACGUCGGUCGAAGCUCUUGCCAUCGAGAUGGACGUCUCUCAGGAAGAGGCCGUGGAAAGCGGCGUUGCCCAGGCGGUUGCCAAGUUCGGGCGUAUCGACUUCGCCGUCAACAGCGCUGGAGUGACUGGCACCGUGGGAGGGAGUCCGGACGUGAGCUUGGAGGCCUGGAACAAGCAUUUGUCAAUCAACCUGACAGGAGUAUGGCUGAGCCAGCGCGCCGAGAUCCGGCAGAUGUUGAAGCAGGAGCCGCGUGGCGAGCGAUACGGCCGCGGCAGCGUCGUCAACGUCUCUUCGGUCCAUGGCUUCGCCUCUUCACCUUCGUACAUUGCUGCAGGCGCAUACACGUCGGCUAAGCAUGCCGUCGUGGGCCUAACACGUACCGAGGCCACUCUGUACGCAUCCAAGGGGAUCAGGAUCAAUGCCAUCUGCCCGGGCUACAUCGACACGCCGCUUUUGACGCCGGCAAAGGCGAAAGCCGGCCUGAUGGAGAAGCUUGUCAACGAGAACACGGCAGUGAAGAGGAUGGGGACCGCAGAAGAAGUCGGAGACGCCAUCAUGUUCUUAGCGAGUCCGCUAUCAUCCUUCAUGGUUGGCUCAGCGAUGCUCGUCGACGGUGGCUACACUGCACAGUGA